AUGUUUAUUUUGAACCAUGGACCAACCCUGGUGAAACCCACCACUACACUGACAGCAGUUACUCUGUUCCUAGUGCCUGUCCUGACAGCAGCUACUCUGUUCCUAGUGCCUGUCCUGACAGCAGCGACUCUGUUCCUAGUGUCUGUCCUGACAGCAGCUACUCUGUUCCUUGUGCCUGUCCUGAUAGCAGCUACUCUGUUCCUAGUGCCUGUCCUGAUAGCAGCUACUCUGUUCCUAGUGCCUGUCCUGAUAGCAGCUACUCUGUUCCUAGUGCCUGUCCUGACAGCAGCUACUCUGUUCCUAGUGUCUGUCCUGACAGCAGCUACUCUGUUCCUAGUGCCUGUCCUGACAGCAGCUACUCUGUUCCUAGUGCCUGUCCUGACAGCAGCUACUCCUAGCUGCAGUGUAUCCUGACCACAGCUACUCCUAGCUGCACGCUUGCAUUUUUAAAAAGUAUUUAUUUCUGCUUGUAUUGAGACGGGCAUAGAAAGGGAUGGGGAUACAGAGAGGAGUGGGCCCUGGUCUGCUUGUAUUGAGAUGGGCAUAGAAAGGGAUGGGGAUACAGAGAGGAGUGGGCCCUGGUCUGCUUGUAUUGAGACGGGCAUAGAAAGGGAUGGGGAUACAGAGAGGAGUGGGCCCUGGUCUGCUUGUAUUGAGACGGGCAUAGAAAGGGAUGGGGAUACAGAGAGGAGUGGGCCCUGGUCUGCUUGUAUUGAGACGGGCAUAGAAAGGGAUGGGGAUACAGAGAGGAGUGGGCCCUGGUCUGCUUGUAUUGAGACGGGCAUAGAAAGGGAUGGGGAUACAGAGAGGAGUGGGCCCUGGUCUGCUUGUAUUGAGACGGGCAUAGAAAGGGAUGGGGAUACAGAGAGGAGUGGGCCCUGGUCUGCUUGUAUUGAGACGGGCAUAGAAAGGGAUGGGGAUACAGAGAGGAGUGGGCCCUGGUCUGCUUGUAUUGAGACGGGCAUAGAAAGGGAUGGGGAUACAGAGAGGAGUGGGCCCUGGUCUGCUUGUAUUGAGACGGGCAUAGAAAGGGAUGGGGAUACAGAGAGGAGUGGGCCCUGGUCUGCUUGUAUUGAGACGGGCAUAGAAAGGGAUGGGGAUACAGAGAGGAGUGAGCCCUGGUCUGCUUGUAUUGAGACGGGCAUAGAAAGGGAUGGGGAUACAGAGAGGAGUGAGCCCUGGUCUGCUUGUAUUGAGACGGGUAUAGAAAGGGAUGGGGAUACAGAGAGGAGUGAGCCCUGGUCUGCUUGUAUUGAGACGGGUAUAGAAAGGGAUGGGGAUACAGAGAGGAGUGAGCCCUGGUCUGCUUGUAUUGAGACGGGCAUAGAAAGGGAUGGGGAUACAGAGAGGAGUGGGCCCUGGUCUGCUUGUAUUGAGACGGGCAUAGAAAGGGAUGGGGAUACAGAGAGGAGUGGGCCCUGGUCUGCUUGUAUUGAGACGGGCAUAGAAAGGGAUGGGGAUACAGAGAGGAGUGGGCCCUGGUCUGCUUGUAUUGAGACGGGCAUAGAAAGGGAUGGGGAUACAGAGAGGAGUGAGCCCUGGUCUGCUUGUAUUGAGACGGGCAUAGAAAGGGAUGGGGAUACAGAGAGGAGUGGGCCCUGGUCUGCUUGUAUUGAGACGGGCAUAGAAAGGGAUGGGGAUACAGAGAGGAGUGGGCCCUGGUCUGCUUGUAUUGAGACGGGCAUAGAAAGGGAUGGGGAUACAGAGAGGAGUGGGCCCUGGUCUGCUUGUAUUGAGACGGGCAUAGAAAGGGAUGGGGAUACAGAGAGGAGUGAGCCCUGGUCUGCUUGUAUUGAGACGGGCAUAGAAAGGGAUGGGGAUACAGAGAGGAGUGGGCCCUGGUCUGCUUGUAUUGAGACGGGCAUAGAAAGGGAUGGGGAUACAGAGAGGAGUGAGCCCUGGUCUGCUUGUAUUGAGACGGGCAUAGAAAGGGAUGGGGAUACAGAGAGGAGUGGGCCCUGGUCUGCUUGUAUUGAGACGGGCAUAGAAAGGGAUGGGGAUACAGAGAGGAGUGGGCCCUGGUCUGCUUGUAUUGAGACGGGCAUAGAAAGGGAUGGGGAUACAGAGAGGAGUGGGCCCUGGUCUGCUUGUAUUGAGACGGGCAUAGAAAGGGAUGGGGAUACAGAGAGGAGUGGGCCCUGGUCUGCGGUGGGGAGGCCUACAUGUUGUUAAUGUCAGGAGUGUUACUUACCUGACCACGGCUCUGCACACCCUUACAUUUAGUGUGUGUGUGUGUGUGCAUUUAACAUGCUCGUGUGUCUGUCCGUGGUGUAUCCGUGUGUGUGUCUGUCCGUGUGUGUGUGUGUGUGUGCCCCUGUGUGGCGUGCCUGUGUGUGUGUUUGUGUCUGUGUGUGCAUUCCCCUGUGUGUGUGUUUGUUGAACUCCGUCAGAUUGUACAGUAAUUGCCUCAGUGAUCCUGCUCCCUGUUUUAAUGACUGUAGUCAGCUGAACCUAACGACUGGAGAGUUAUCUCUAUAUUAAUGGCUGUAGUCAGCUAAACCUAACGACUGGAGAGUUGUCUCUAUAUUAAUGGCUGUAGUCAGCUAAACCUAACGACUGGAGAGUUGUCUCUAUAUUAAUGGCUGUAGUCAGCUAAACCUAACGACUGGAGAGUUGUCUCUAUAUUAAUGGCUGUAGUCAGCUAAACCUAACGACUGGAGAGUUGUCUCUAUAUUAAUGGCUGUAGUCAGCUAAACCUAACGACUGGAGAGUUGUCUCUAUAUUAAUGACUGUAGUCAGCUAAACCUAACGACUGGAGAGUUGUCUCUAUAUUAAUGACUGUAGUCAGCUAAACCUAACGACUGGAGAGUUGUCUCUAUAUUAAUGACUGUAGUCAGCUAAACCUAACGACUGGAGAGUUGUCUCUAUAUUAAUGGCUGUAGUCAGCUAAACCUAACGACUGGAGAGUUGUCUCUAUAUUAAUGACUGUAGUCAGCUGAACCUAACGACUGGAGAGUUGUCUCUAUAUUAAUGGCUGUAGUCAGCUAAACCUAACGACUGGAGAGUUGUCUCUAUAUUAAUGACUGUAGUCAGCUAAACCUAACGACUGGAGAGUUGUCUCUAUAUUAAUGGCUGUAGUCAGCUAAACCUAACGACUGGAGAGUUGUCUCUAUAUUAAUGGCUGUAGUCAGCUAAACCUAACGACUGGAGAGUUAUCUCUAUAUUAAUGGCUGUAGUCAGCUAAACCUAACGACUGGAGAGUUAUCUCUAUAUUAAUGACUGUAGUCAGCUAAACCUAACCACUGGGGAGUUGUCUCUAUAUUAAUGACUGUAGUCAGCUGAACCUAUUAAUGACUGUAGUCAGCUAAACCUAACGACUGGAGAGUUGUCUCUAUUAAUGACUGUAGUCAGCUAAACCUAACGACUGGAGAGUUGUCUCUAUAUUAAUGGCUGUAGUCAGCUAAACCUAACGACUGGAGAGUUAUCUCUAUAUUAAUGACUGUAGUCAGCUAAACCUAACCACUGGGGAGUUGUCUCUAUAUUAAUGACUGUAGUCAGCUGAACCUAUUAAUGACUGUAGUCAGCUAAACCUAACGACUGGAGAGUUGUCUCUAUAUUAAUGGCUGUAGUCAGCUAAACCUAACGACUGGAGAGUUAUCUCUAUAUUAAUGGCUGUAGUCAGCUAAACCUAACGACUGGAGAGUUAUCUCUAUAUUAAUGGCUGUAGUCAGCUAAACCUAACGACUGGAGAGUUAUCUCUAUAUUAAUGACUGUAGUCAGCUAAACCUAACGACUGGAGAGUUGUCUCUAUAUUAAUGACUGUAGUCAGCUAAACCUAACGACUGGAGAGUUAUCUCUAUAUUAAUGACUGUAGUCAGCUAAACCUAACCACUGGGGAGUUGUCUCUAUAUUAAUGACUGUAGUCAGCUGAACCUAUUAAUGACUGUAGUCAGCUAAACCUAACGACUGGAGAGUUGUCUCUAUAUUAAUGGCUGUAGUCAGCUAAACCUAACGACUGGAGAGUUAUCUCUAUAUUAAUGGCUGUAGUCAGCUAAACCUAACGACUGGAGAGUUAUCUCUAUAUUAAUGGCUGUAGUCAGCUAAACCUAACGACUGGAGAGUUAUCUCUAUAUUAAUGACUGUAGUCAGCUAAACCUAACGACUGGAGAGUUGUCUCUAUAUUAAUGACUGUAGUCAGCUAAACCUAACGACUGGAGAGUUAUCUCUAUAUUAAUGACUGUAGUCAGCUAAACCUAACCACUGGGGAGUUGUCUCUAUAUUAUUGACUGUAGUCAGCUGAACCUAUUAAUGACUGUAGUCAGCUAAACCUAACGACUGGAGAGUUGUCUCUAUUAAUGACUGUAGUCAGCUAAACCUAACGACUGGAGAGUUGUCUCUAUAUUAAUGGCUGUAGUCAGCUAAACCUAACGACUGGAGAGUUGUCUCUAUAUUAAUGGCUGUAGUCAGCUAAACCUAACGACUGGAGAGUUGUCUCUAUAUUAAUGGCUGUAGUCAGCUAAACCUAACGACUGGAGAGUUGUCUCUAUAUUAAUGGCUGUAGUCAGCUAAACCUAACGACUGGAGAGUUUGGGCCGGGUCUCUGAGUGAAACUGAUUACAGCUGGACUGGGUCAGCAGUAAUGACACUGGUACUACACACAGGUUAAAUAACUCCACUGUAAGCAGUUGUCUGCAUGUCUUCAUCUGUUUUAUGCUAUGUCCCAGCCAGCGUCUACACUGGAUAUGUGACUUCACCCUAAAAGAAAAAGUCUCCUUUUUUUCCUCCCUUCUGUUAUUUUAUUUAUAGCUCAAGUUCAAUCCCGCUUCAGAGGAAAACAUUAUGAACAGCUUACACUCCUUUCCCUGUGUCUUCUUCCAAGGUAUGGGAAGGUCGGUGGCGUGUUAUUCCCCAUGACGUGCUGCCUGAGUGGCUGAAGGACAACGAGUAUCUCCGCCACGGACACCGGCCACCCAUGCCCUCCUUCAGGGCCUGCUUCAAGAGCAUCUUCAGGAUCCACACGGAGACGGGCAACAUCUGGACUCACCUGCUGGGUAAGAGAGGAGUCAGGGGACACACACACUUGCAGACACAAUCAGUGACACACACCAAGCUAGCAUUUAAAUUCAAACACAUUUAUCAAACAAAGCUAGCAAAUGAAUGUCUUUGGUGGUGACAUUUACUUUGGUUUGAGUGACUUAAAAGCUAAUUAGAUCACACUACACCGUUAGAAACACACAGCUAAUUAGAUCACACUACACCGUUAGAAACACACAGCUAAUUAGAUCACACUACACCGUUAGAAACACACAGCUAAUUAGAUCACACUACACCGUUAGAAACACACAGCUAAUUAGAUCACACUACACCGUUAGAAACACACAGCUAAUUAGAUCACACUACACCGUUAGAAACACACAGCUAAUUAGAUCACACUACACCGUUAGAAACACACAGCUAAUUAGAUCACACUACACCGUUAGAAACACACAGCUAAUUAGAUCACACUACACCGUUAGAAACACACAGCUAAUUAGAUCACACUACACCGUUAGAAACACACAGCUAAUUAGAUCACACUACACAACCGUUAGAAACACACAGCUAAUUAGAUCACAACACAACCGUUAGAAACACACAGCUAAUUAGAUCACACUACACCGUUAGAAACACACAGCUAAUUAGAUCACAGAGCAGUGGUUCCCAACCUUCUCUGUUCCGGGGACCACCAAAUACAUCAAAAGAGGAACAGAGAGGGGGGUGUAGUAGAGGAGGGGGUAGGGCAGGGGUAGUAAGUCAGGGGGGGAGAAGCAGAUGGACAGAGGGGGGGUUAGUGAGGAGCAGAGGGGGUGUAGUAGAGGAGCAGAGGGGGGGGUGGACGUGUAGAGAGAGCAGAGGGGGGUGGUAGUAGAGAGAGCAGAGGGGGUGUAGUAGAGGAGCAGAGGGGGGGUGGUAGUAGAGGAGCAGAGGGGGGUGUAGUAGAGGAGCAGGGGGGGUGUAGUAGAGGAGCAGAGAGGGGGGGGUGUAGUAGAGGAGCAGAGGGGGGUGUAGUAGAGGAGCAGAGGGGGGUGUAGUAGAGGAGCAGAGGGGGGGUGUAGUAGAGGAGCAGAGGGGGGGGUGUAGUAGAGGAGCAGAGGGGGGGGUGUAGUAGAGGAGCAGAGGGGGGGUGUAGUAGAGGAGCAGAGGGGGGUGUAGUAGUAGUAGAGGCAGGGGGGGGUGUAGUAGAGGAGCAGGGGGGGUGUAGUAGAGGGCAGAGGGGGGGGUGUAGGGUUAGAGAGGGCAGAGGGGGGGUGUAGUAGAGGAGCAGAGGGGGGGUGUAGUAGAGGAGCAGAGGGGGGUGUAGUAGAGGAGCAGGGGGGGUGUAGUAGAGGAGCAGAGGGGGGUGUAGUAGAGGAGCAGGGGGGGUGUAGUAGAGGAGCAGGGGGGGUGUAGUAGAGGAGCGGGGGGUGUGUAGUAGAAGGAGCAGAGGGGGGGUGUAGUAGAGGAGCAGAGGGGGGGUGUAGUAGAGGAGCAAGGGGGGGUGUAGUAGAGGAGCAGAGGGGGGGUGUAGUAGAGGAGAGAGAGGGGGGGUGUAGUGCAGAGGAGGGUUUCAGAGAGGGGGGGUGUAGUAGAGGAGCAGAGGGGGGGUGUAGUAGAGGAGCAGAGAGGGGGGUGUAGUAGAGGAGCAGAGGGGGGGUGGUAGUAGAGGAGCAGGGGGGGGUGUAGUAGAGGAGCAGAGGGGGGGGGGUGUAGUAGAGGAGCAGAGGGGGUGUAGUAGAGAGGAGCGAGGGGCGGGGGGGCUUGUGGGUAGUAGAGGAGAAGAGGGUGGGGGGGGGGGGGGGGGGGGGGGUUUGUAGUAGUUGUAUGUACGUAGAGGAGCAGGGGGGGGGGGGGGGGGGGGGGGGGGUGUAGUAGAUGAUCAGAGAGGGGGGGUGGAGAGAGAGAGAUAAUUAGCAGGCCACAGCUGAGCCACCCACACAGAGGAUAAACACAGUGUUUACUACUAUCUGUUUGUCCUUGUGUGUCAUUAAUCUGCCAUGUCAUAACGUCCUGCCCUAAUCACCAGUAAUGGAGUUAACGUUCCCCACUCUCUGCUCUAGCCCUCUGCUACUUUCACACACACACACUGUCUGAGUCAGACUAAGGACCGGCCAGAACACAGACAGACUAACAUGAGAUCUGCUCCCUGCUCACACGUGCAGAAAUGAUACAAUAUGAGAGCACAGGGCAAACCACGCGCACAUACACCGUCUAUACACACACACACACACUCAGACUACACACACACAUACAUACACACAGACUACACACACAUACAUACACACAGACUCUCUUCCGCUCCAGCGCAGAUGUGUUGGGCAUUAAAUAAGGACAGGGCCUCUGAGUAAACGGAGAACUGAAUGUUCACAUAGUCCCAUUUAGCUGGGUUAGGGUUAGACCAUUUAGCUGGGUUAGGGUUAGACCAUUUAGCUGGGUUAGGGUUAGACCCAUUUAGCUGGGUUAGGGUUAGACCAUUUAGCUGGGUUAGAGUUAGACAUUUAACUGGGUUAGGGUUAGACCAUUUAACUGGGUUAGGGUUAGACCCAUUUAACUGGGUUAGGGUUAGACCAUUUAGCUGGGUUAGGGUUAGACCAUUUAACUGGGUUAGGGUUAGACCAUUUAACUGGGUUAGGGUUAGACCCAUUUAACUGGGUUAGGGUUAGACCCAUUUAACUGGGUUAGGGUUAGACCCAUUUAACUGGGUUAGGGUUAGACCCAUUUAACUGGGUUAGGGUCAGACCAUUUAACUGGGUUAGGGUUAGACCAUUUAACUGGGUUAGGGUUAGACCCAUUUAACUGGGUUAGGGUUAGACCCAUUUAACUGGGUUAGGGUUAGACCCAUUUAACUGGGUUAGGGUUAGACCCAUUUAACUGGGUUAGGGUUAGACCCAUUUAACUGGGUUAGGGUUAGACCCAUUUAACUGGGUUAGGGUUAGACCCAUUUAACUGGGUUAGGGUUAGACCCAUUUAACUGGGUUAGGGUUAGACCCAUUUAACUGGGUUAGGGUUAGACCAUUUAACUGGGUUAGGGUCAGACCAUUUAACUGGGUUAGGGUUAGACCAUUUAACUGGGUUAGGGUUAGACCCAUUUAACUGGGUUAGGGUUAGACCCUUUAACUGGGUUAGGGUUAGACCCAUUUAACUGGGUUAGGGUUAGACCCAUUUAACUGGGUUAGGGUCAGACCAUUUAACUGGGUUAGGGUUAGACCAUUUAACUGGGUUAGGGUUAGACCAUUUAACUGGGUUAGGGUUAGACCAUUUAACUGGGUUAGGGUUAGACCAUUUAACUGGGUUAGGGUUAGACCCAUUUAACUGGGUUAGGGUUAGACCCAUUUAACUGGGUUAGGGUUAGACCAUUUAACUGGGUUAGGGUUAGACCAUUUAACUGGGUUAGGGUUAGACCCAUUUAACUGGGUUAGGGUUAGACCCAUUUAACUGGGUUAGGGUUAGACCCAUUUAACUGGGUUAGGGUUAGACCCAUUUAACUGGGUUAGGGUCAGACCAUUUAACUGGGUUAGGGUUAGACCAUUUAACUGGGUUAGGGUUAGACCCAUUUAACUGGGUUAGGGUUAGACCCAUUUAACUGGGUUAGGGUUAGACCCAUUUAACUGGGUUAGGGUUAGACCCAUUUAACUGGGUUAGGGUUAGACCCAUUUAACAGGGUUAGGGUCAGACCAUUUAGCUGGGUUAGGGUUAGACCAUUUAGCUGGGUUAGGGUUAGACCAUUUAGCUGGGUUAGGGUUAGACCAUUUAGCUGGGUUAGGGUUAGACCAUUUAACUGGGUUAGGGUUAGACCAUUUAACUGGGUUAGGGUUAGACCAUUUAACUGGGUUAGGGUUAGACCCAUUUAACUGGGUUAGGGUUAGACCAUUUAACUGGGUUAGGGUUAGACCAUUUAACUGGGUUAGGGUUAGACCAUUUAACUGGGUUAGGGUUAGACCAUUUAACUGGGUUAGGGUUCCUGUCCUGGUGAGCAUCAAACAGAACAAAUAACACACACAACAACACCCCAUCAAACAUGUCACCGUAGCUACGGGUCAGGAGGCUCUACCUGACCUUGGGAUUUGACCAGGAAAGCCUCUUUAGGUCUAGAACAUUCUUGGGCCCAGAGUUUUUCCCUGGUCAUGUCACAGUCAGGAAAACCUCCAGGUCUGAGUCAUUAGAUACUAAAUAAACACAGAUAUGAGGCAGAGAGAGAGAGUCAUCUGAAAGCAGGCUGAUGAGACUGUGUGACACAGAUCACAUUAGUCAGGAGAAACUCCAGCCAGCACAACCGCAGACGGAUGUAGCACACAGUUGUCUGAAAGCAGAAAGAAGCCCACGGUCCUCUUGUUGUGGUGUUAUGACACAGGUCUACACACUGAGGUCACAGUCAGCCAGUCCCAGCCAGCCAGUCCCAGCCAGCCAGUCCCAGUCAGCCAGUCCCAGUCAGCCAGUCCCAGUCAGCCAGUCCCAGUCAGCCAGUCCCAGUCAGCCAGUCCCAGUCAGCCAGUCCCAGUCAGCCAGUCCCAGUCAGCCAGUCCCAGUCAGCCAGUCCCAGCCAGCCAGUCCCAGCCAGCCAGUCCCAGCCAGCCAGUCCCAGUCAGUCCCAGUCAGUCAGUCCCAGUCAGUCAGUCCCAGUCAGCCAGUCCCAGUCAGCCAGUCCCAGCCAGCCAGUCCCAGUCAGCCAGUCACAGCCAGCCAGUCAGUCAGUCCCAGUCUGGUGCUGCUGGCCUGGCAGCCUGGCAACAUGACUAUGGUCCUCUCGCUAGCAGAGUGAAGGAACUCACUGUGUUUGUGUCCUUCUGGUGAAUCUGCUGCAUAGUGUGACUCAGUCUACUGACUCUACAGCAGGGUUUCUCAAACUGGGUCCCGGGGCCCCCCCUGGGUGCACCUUUUGGAUUUUGCUCUAGCACCACACAGCUGAUUCAAAUAACAAAUUCUUGAUGAGUUGGUUAUUUGAAUCAGCUGUGUAAUUCUAGGGUGAACACCAAAAGGUGUACCCAGAGGGGGCCCCGGGACCCAGUUUGAGAAACCCUGGACUAGAGGACACACCCCCCUCUGACUUUAGAGGACUGACGCACACAUUGUGACUCAGCUUGACUGAAUCAAGGGGACACACCCACCACACAUGUCAUGUGCAUACACAAACAGUGUGUUCUCUACCCACCACUGUUCCCUAGUGUACACUUCUGGUAUCACAACUCAGAUGAUUUAGUCUCUUCCCACAGCCACUGGCAAGCGAGACUACAAGUUAGAAUAUAAAUCAGACAUUUUUUAUAAAUCUAUAGUAUAUUUGACCAAACUCAGUAAAGCUGAGCUAGCUGGGUCAUACCUUUGAACAGGAGCCCAUAUGAUCAGUAUGAUUCAGCGUGUAUACAGCUGAGAGCUCAGACAGACCUCUCGCUCUCUCGCAUUCAUCAUUUUAAAUUAAUUAUUUUAUCAUUAGAAUGAUGUGCUGUAACUGCUACAUAUUGUUUCUAAUGAGCGAUUGAGCAUGAGCACUUAAAAUAAAUAAUACAUGAGUAUUUCUCUCCCCAUCUCCCUCUUCAAGAGUUUUUCCAAGAGAUUUUGAAUAGUAGUAGAAUCACAUACUGAAACGUAUUGUUUCUAAUGACUAAUCGAUGGGUUCAUUUUAAAUGAUGAAAUAUUAAUAAUAUUUAUUUCUCCCUCUCCAUCUCAUCUCCCCCUCCCUCUCUCUCUCCCUCUCUCUCUCUCUCUCUCUCUCUCCUUCCUCCAGGCUGUCUGUUCUUCCUGUGCCUGGGCAUCAUGUAUAUGUUCCGCUCCAACAUGUACUUUGCUGCCCCGUUCCAGGAGAAGAUAGUGAUCGGUAUCUUCUUCAUCGGAGCCAUCCUGUGUCUCUCCUUCUCCUGGCUCUUCCACACCGUCUACUGCCACUCCGAGGGCGUCUCGCGCGUCUUCUCCAAGUAAGACCAUGGUUAUAUUUUCCUUGCAUCUACAGUGAGGGGAAAAAAGUAUUUGAUCCCCUGCUGAUUUUGUACGUUUGCCCCACUGACAAAGACAUGAUCAGUCUAUAAUUUUAAUGGUAGGUUUAUUUGAACAGUGAGAGACAGAAUAUCAACAAAAAAAUCCAGAAAAACGCAUGUAAAUAUUUUUUUUUUGAAAUUGAUUUGCGUUUUAAUGAGGGAAAUAAGUAUUUGACCCCCUCUCAAUCAGAAAGAUUUCUGGCUCCCAGGUGUCUUUUAUUCAGGUAACGAGCUGAGAUUAGGAGCACACUCUUAAAGGGAGUGCUCCUAAUCUCAGUUUGUUACCUGUAUAAAAGACACCUGUCCACAGAAGCAAUCAAUCAAUCAGAUUCCAAACUCUCCAUCAUGGACAAGACCAAAGAGCUCUCCAAGGAUGUCAGGGACAAGAUUGUAGACCUACACAAGGCUGGAAUGCGCUCCAAGACCAUCGCCAAGCAGCUUGGUGAGAAGGUGACAACAGUUGGUGCGAUUAUUCGCAAAUGGAAGAAACACAAAAGAACGGUCAAUCUCCCUCUGCCUGGGGCUCCAUGCAAGAUCUCACCUCGUGGAGUUGCAAUGAUCAUGAGAACGGUGAGGAAUCAGCCCAGAACUACACGGGAGGAUCUUGUCAAUUAUCUCAAGGCAGCUGGGACCAUAGUCACCAAGAAAACAAUUGGUAACACACUACGCCGUGAAGGACUGAAAUCCUGCAGCGCCCGCAAGGUCCCCCGCUCAAGAAAUUACAUAUACAGGGCCGUCUGAAGUUUGCCAAUGAACAUCUGAAUGAUUCAGAGGAGAACUGGGUGAAAGUGUUGUGGUCAGAUGAGACCAAAAUCGAGCUCUUUGGCAUCAACUCAACUCGCCGUGUUUGGAGGAGGAGGAAUGUUGCCUAUGACCCCAAGAACACCAUCCCCACCGUCAAACAUGGAGGUGGAAACAUUAUGCUUUGGGGGUGUUUUUCUGCUAAGGGGACAGGACAACUUCACCGCAUCAAAGGGACGAUGGACGGGGCCAUGUACCGUCAAAUCUUGGGUGAGAACCUCCUUCCCUCAGCCAGGGCAUUGAAAAUGGGUCGUGGAUGGGUAUUCCAGCAUGACAAUGACCCAAAACACACGGCCAAGGCAACAAAUGAGUGGCUCAAGAAGAAGCACAUUAAGGUCCUGGAGUGGCCUAGCCAGUCUCCAGACCUUAAUCCCAUAGAAAAUCUGUGGAGGGAGCUGAAGGUUCGAGUUGCCAAACGUCAGGCUCGUAACCUUAAUGACUUGGAGAAGAUCUGCAAAGAGGAGUGGGACAAAAUCCCUCCUGAGAUGUGUGCAAACCUGGUGGCCAACUACAAGAAACGUCUGACCUCUGUGAUUGCCAACAAGGGUUUUGCCACCAAGUACUAAGUCAUGUUUUGCAGAGGGGUCAAAUACUUAUUUCCCUCAUUUAAAAUGCAAAUCAAUUUAUAAAAAUUUUUACAUGCGUUUUUCUGGAUUUUUGUUGUUAUUCUGUCUCUCACUGUUCAAAUAAACCUACCAUUAAAAUUAUAGACUGAUAAUUUAUUUGUCAGUGGGCAAAUGUACAAAAUCAGCAGGGGAUCAAAUACUUUUUUCCCUCACUGUACCUGACUCCAGACUGCACCACGUGUGUUGAUAGCAGAACCAGUGUCAAAUACUUUCAUUGGGCCUAUUCGGGGUACACUUGAUUUGUCUUGAGUUUGCAUUUUUGGGACUAUUCCAUUGUUUCUAUUGGUUGAAGCAUUCGAUGGAGCAGAUGUUUCGUCAUCGGUCUAACCUCGGGCUCCCGAGUGGCGCAGCGGUCUAAGGCGCUGCAUCUCAGUGCUUGAGGCGUCACUACAGACCCCCUGGUUCGAUUCCAGGCUGUAUCACAACCGGCCGUGAUUGGGAGUCCCAUAGGGCGGCGCACAAUUGGCCCAGCGUCGUUCGGGUUUGGCCGGUGUAGGCCGUCAUUGUAAAUAACAAUUUGUUCUUAACUGACUUGCCUAGUUAAAUAAAGGUUCAAUAAAAAUAAAUUUAAAAAAACCCCUCUCUCUCUCUGUCAAUAAAACGAAAUAUAUCAGUUUCAAAUUGCUUUAUUGGCAUGACGUAACAAUGUACAUAUUGCCUAAGCGUACUUUGGAAAAGGAAUGAUUGAUUAACAAUGUAUUUCUUUCGUCCAGGUCAUUCAUCUGUCUCUCUCUCUCUCCAGACUGGACUACUCAGGCAUAGCCUUCCUGAUCAUGGGCUCCUUUGUCCCCUGGCUCUACUACUCGUUCUACUGCUCUCCCAACCCCAGGCUGAUCUACCUGGUAGUCGUCUGUAUACUAGGAGUCUCUGCCAUCGUUGUCUCGCAGUGUGACUUCUUCGCUAAGCCACAGUACCGCGGCGUCAGAGCAGGUCAGUCACCGUGUGUGUGUGUGUGUGUGUGUGUGUUUAUGUGUUUAUGUGUGCUUUUGUUUUGUAAUCUAAUAAUUUAGUUUUAUCAAGACUGGGAUCUCCUCCACCUCUUCCUCCUCAUCUCCCUUCCACGUGCCAGGCUGCCCCCAGAGGUUAUCGCCUCAGACUGGCAGUCUUUUCUCACCCCCCCCCCCCCUCCCCUGCUCCCCUCCCCCCUCCUCCCCCCCCCCCCCCCCACCCCCCCCCCCCCCCCCCCCUCUCCCUCCUCCCUCUCCCCCUCCUCCCACACAGACACACACACGCUGUCCCUCCUCUUUGUGUUUUAUGGAGCCCAUUUAAACUGGUGCUCAUCAGUCCUCUGUGCCGUUUAUGGGGUUGUUAGUCCCAGCGGCCCGGUGCCAGACCCAGGGACGUGUCUGGGUUAUGACCAGGUGGCUGCCAGGCAGGGUAGGACAGGAGGGUCACUCCCUUUACCACUCUAUCUCUUCCUGUCUUUCCCUCUUCACUUUUCUGUCUGUCUUCCACUUUCUCACUCUGUCUCUCCCUCUAUCAUUCUCAUUUCUUUCCUUCCUUCCUCUCGCUCUCUCUGGGAACAGUGGACAGUCAUGUGUAGCGAGGCCUGAUGUAAUAUCAGUGAAAUAAACAGAAAGAGCUCAGUGUGAGUAGAGUGAGGUGUCAGGUGUAACCACUCAGGUGUGUACAAGCCCCUGGCUGUCUCUCCAGAGGACGCUUUGGGAUGAUGUUUCUACACGCAUGUCUCUCUGUCUCAGGUGUUGGUUUCUGUCAUUCUGUUUUGGUCUGUAGCUGUCUUCUGUAUUAACCCCUGUCUGUCUGUCUGUCCCCAGGAGUGUUUGUAGGUCUGGGUCUGAGCGGUGUGGUUCCCCACCCUGCACUUUGUCAUCACCGAGGGCUUGCCGAGAGCCACUACUAUGGGUCAGAUGGGCUGGCUCCUCCUCAUGGCUACUCUCUACAUCUCUGGAGCCUGCAUCUACGCAGCACGGAUCCCAGAGAGGUUCUUCCCAGGGAAAUGUGACAUCUGGGUGGGUAGAAGUAGAGGACCUCUGGGCUUGGACACACCAAUGGGGACUGCAUGCAGGAACUCACACACACACACGGACAACUUGGACACACACACACUCUCACACACUGGAGUUAAAUAUAGCUUUUUGGCUAUUUUGUGUGGGCUGAUUGAUCCCAGAUGUGUAUGUUUGUUUUGGGUUUGAGGAAACAGAGAUUGGGCAACCUUUUCCUCUCUCUCUCUCGCUCUCUCUCUCUCUCACACUGCUGAAGGUAAAUUGUUAUGAAUUGAGGACAUUGUAUAGGGCAGUGGUUAGGUCAUUUAGUCCGACCGUACCAUCCUUUAAACCCCGUCACGUGUGACCGUGUCUUGUCCCCUGCCCUGCCGUUCCCCUCCAUUAGCACCCAGCUGGAGAGGGGACAGGCCUGGGAGAGCUAGCCCAGAUCAGUGCCGUCAGGCUGGGCCUCGCUGCCCCUCUCCCCCCUUCUCUGGUCCUCAGCUGGAUGGUGGCUUCAAUACCUACUCUGGAACAGUAUGUGUACUUUAGGCUGCGUCUCAAAUGGCACCAUAAUCCCUAUGUAGUGCACUACUUUUCACCAGCACCUCUAGGGGGACAGUAGUGUACUACAGGUAACUGCCUAAAUAAAGGAACCAUAAAGUGUCUUAAUAGGGCGUUGGGCCACCACCAGCCAGAACAGCUUCCAUGCACCUUGGCAUAGAUUCUACCAGGGUCUGGAACUCUAUUGGAGGGAUGUGAAACCAUUCUUCCACCAGUCAUUCCAUCAUUUGGUGUUUUGUUGAUGGUGGUGGAAAACGCUGUCUCAGGCGCCGCUCCAGAAUCUACCGUAAAUGUUCAAUUGGGUUGAGAUCUGGUGACUGAGACACACACACACACACACACACACACACACACACACACACACACACACACACACACCCUUUAAAUCCCCUAUGCUCCUUUGAGACUCCUCUUUCAAAGUCACAGAGAUCUCUUCUUCUAGCCAUGGUAGCCAAAAUAAUGGGCAACUGGGCAUGUUUCUACAUGACCCUAAGCAUGAUGGGAUGUUUUAAUUUCUUAAUGAACUCAGGAACCACACCUGCGUGGAAGCACCUGCUUUGUAUCUGUCAUCCCUUUAAUGUUACCUUUGUUUUGGCAGUUACAUAGGGAAUAGGGUGCCAUUUGGGACACGGGCUGUGUAGUGGGUGGGUGGUUAUUACCCACUCCGGAACAGUGUGUUACAGUGCUUUAGGACCGUACUGUGGUGUGUGUGUGUGUGUGGGGGGGGGGGGCGAUUAUUACCUCACAUUCUUUACAUCUGUCCUUGAGAUGGUUGAUAGUCAGCCCCAACAUGAACCCUGUGUUACCCACGUAG